GGCGGCUGGCGGGGUUCAGUAGCAGGCUGCGGGCAGAGGCAGCAGCAGCGGCGGUACGAAGCGGAGUCCUCUAUGGGAACCCCGAGGCGGGCUGAAAAGGCAGACGGGCUGACGCGAUGACGUUACCGGGAGAAGCAGCUCUCCUGCGGGCUGACAGCUGAUGGAGAGUCCUUGCUCCUCCUCCUCCUCUUCCUCCUCCUCCGCCUCCUCCUCUUCUUCAUCAUCACACACUCUACACGGGAUCAAAUGAGGAGGACGCAGAGUGCAGAAAUCAGACACUGAAUUUGGACAGAAACAACACUCGCCAACUGGAAGCACCGGGACACAUUUGGAUAGAAUUGGAUGGAAAAAACAGGCUUAAGUUUACAAGAUCAAGGGUUUUUUUGUUGGAGUGUUUUUCUUUCUGAUGUGGCAUGAAUCUGGAGUUUUUCUCAGUGGAUUUCUGAAUAUUUCAAGAACACUUUGUUGCCUUGCCACCGAAAUUACAUCAACAAGGCAGCUCACUGAUAAAACACAUCAAAAUGACUUGAGUGCCUUUUGCUCCGCGUGCAGCCCGUUGUGCUCCUUGGCACCGCUCAUCCAGCAAUGUUAAAGCCCACAGACUCCUGACCUCAUUUGUGCUCCGGAGGAACUUGUCAUUGAUCACCAUCAAUCACUCUUGCAAAUCAACGAGACUGCCGAGGGGGAAGCGCAAGUACUAUGCACCGUUGUCGCUCUCGGUCAUCCGACAUCGAACCAGUAACCUCACGAGAGGAGAGGCGCUCGUAACAGAACACGCAUCCCCUCCAAAGAACCUCCCUGUGGGCACAUUUCCACUCGCAGAACCGCAGGGAUGUUCGCCGCUGUGGAGCAUGGCCCGGUGCUCUGCAGCGACUCCAACAUCCUGUGUCUGUCCUGGAAGGGCCGGGUGCCCAAGAGCGAGAAGGAGAAGCCGGUGUGCAGGAAGCGCUACUACGAGGAGGGCUGGCUCGCCACCGGGAACGGCCGGGGAGUCGUCGGGGUCACGUUCACGUCCAGCCACUGCAGACGGGACCGGCCCACCCCGCAGAGAGUCAACUUCAACCUCAGGGGGCACAACAGCGAGGUGGUGUUGGUGCGGUGGAAUGAGCCUUUCCAGAAACUGGCCACGUGCGACACAGACGGGGGGAUUUUCGUGUGGAUCCAGUAUGAAGGCCGGUGGUCCGUGGAGCUGGUCAAUGAUCGUGGAGCUCAGGUGAGCGACUUCACCUGGUCCCACGACGGCACCCAGGCCCUCAUCUCCUAUCGGGACGGCUUUGUCCUGGUGGGCUCUGUCAGUGGGCAGAGACACUGGUCCUCCGAGAUCAACCUGGAGAGCCAGAUCACCUGUGGCAUCUGGACUCCAGACGACCAGCAGGUGUUGUUUGGUACCGCAGACGGACAGGUCAUAGUGAUGGACUGCCACGGGCGCAUGCUGGCCCACAUACUGCUGCAUGAGUCGGAUGGCAUUGUCAGCAUGUCCUGGAACUACCCCAACUUCCUGGUGGAGGACAGCAGCGAGAGCGACACGGACUCUGACGACUACUCCCCGCCGCAAGUGCACAGUCAGAAACCACUGCUGACUGUCAGCUUCACAUCUGGAGACAUCAGCCUGAUGAACAACUACGACGACCUCUCACCCACCCUCAUCCGCACCGGCCUGAAAGAUGUGGUGGUGGAGUGGUGCUCACAGGGGGAUUUACUCGCUGUGGCGGGGAUGGAGCGGACGAUUCUCUCCCUCGACCCCUCCUGCCCUCCGCCCACCAGGAACGCCAUCGUCAAGUUUUACAACGUCCGGGGCGAUCACAUCUACACACUGGACACACCAGCACAGCGCCCCAUCACCACGCUCUGCUGGGGCCACCGGGACUCUCGCCUGUUCCUGGCGUCGGGCCCGGCGCUCUACGUCGUGCGGGUGGAGCACCGUGUGGCCGCCCUGCAGCUGCUCUGCCAGCAGGGCAUCGCCACGGCGGUGAAGGAGGAGAAAGACGUGGCCAAGCUCACCAUGCCGUCCCGCCUCUGCUCCUACGUCACCGCCGCCUUUGCCCCCACCAUCAAGCCGCCCAUACCAGAUCCAAACAACAUGAGGGAUUUUGUGAGCUACCCGACGUCCGGAAACGAGCGCCUGCACUGCACCAUGAAGCGCACGGAGGAUAACCCCGAGGUCGGGGGACCCUGCUACACCCUUUACCUGGAGUAUCUUGGGGGUCUGGUGCCGAUUCUCAAGGGCAGGCGGAUCAGCAAACUGCGGCCUGAGUUUGUCAUCAUGGACCCCAAGACUGAUGGGAAAACAGAUGAGAUCUACGGGAACAGCCUGAUAUCGGCGAUGAUCGACAGCUGUAACUGCUCUGACUCCAGUGAUAUCGAGCUGAGCGAUGACUGGGUGGGCAAAAAAUCUCCAAAGAUAUCGCGGGGAAGCAAAUCCCCCAAACUCCCCAGAGACUUAGUUUGUCCCUUUACCAACAGGAUCAACAUUGAUCCCAGAAAAUCCCCCAAACUGUCCCGCGCUACGCAGGAGAUCUCCAGAUCCCCUCGGCUACCCAUCCGAAAACCCUCCAUAGGGUCGCCCAGUCUGACGCGAAGGGAGUUUCCUCUCGACGACAUCACCCAGCAAAAUUACCUCGCUCAGGUCACAUCCAAUAUUUGGGGAACGAAGUUCAAGAUCGUGGGGCUGGCCACAUUCUUGCCAACAAAUCUCGGUGCAGUUAUCUACAAGACGAGUCUCCUCCAUCUGCAGCCCAGACAGAUGACCAUCUACUUGCCGGAAGUGCGCAAGAUCUCCAUGGACUACAUCAACCUGCCGGUCUUCAGCCCCAAUGUUUUCAGUGAAGACGAGGAUGACCUGCCCGUCACAGGUCCUGCUGGUGGCGCCGACGACAACCCACCGUGCACGGUCAACAUCCCAAUCGCCCCCAUCCACAGCCCUGCCCAGGCCAUGUCCCCUGCCCAGAGCAUUGGUCUGGUUCAGUCCCUCUUAGCCAAUCAGAACGUCCAGCUGGAUGUCCUCACCAAUCCCACAGCGAGCCCCGCUGGAGCCGCCGGCAGCGGGCCAGACCAAAGCCAGGACGCCAUCCUGACGGCUCAGUACACGGUGCCCACCCGCUACUCCAGCCCUGGUCAGGUCAUAUUCGGGGGGCUGGAAGUGGGCCGACUCGUGGUCGGACCUCCACCCUCUCAUCAUCCCUCCCAACAACAGCAGCAACAAUCCAGUCAGCAUCAACAACAGCAACAGCAACAACAACAACAACAACAGCAGCAGCAGCAACUGCUGCAACACCACCAACAAAUCCAGCACCACCAACAGCAACUUCAGCAGCAACACCUCCAACAACAACAGCAGCAGCAGCAGAUGCUCCAACACCAACACCUCCAACAGCAACAGCACAUUCAGCAGCAGCUCCAGCACAUACAACAACAACAACAACAACAGCAGCAGCAGCAGCUCCAACAGCACAUACACAUACAGCAGCAGCAACAACUACAACAACAACAGCAACAUCAACAAAUUCAGCAGCAACUGCAGCAGCAGCAAAUGCACCACCAGCUGCAGUCUCAGCAGCAGCAGCACCACCAUCAACUUCAGCAGCAGCUUCAAAUUCAAAUCCCAGUUUCCUCCAUGUCAUCGGGACAGCUUUCCAAUGCGGCGCUGCACCAGCUGCAGCCCGGCGCGCUGCAGAUCCAGAUCCCUCACCCGCCGGCCGAUUUGGUGGCUGAGAGAGCAGCGGGCGGCGAGCACGAGCACUUACUGAAAAUCAAAACCACCCGGUCGGCUUCGCAGCUGGCCGAGGGCGACACGGUGGUGUUCAGCACCCCUCUAGAGCUCAGCAAGAUGAACCCCCCGCCCCCGUACCCCGGGACAGUGGCCGCUGCCGUGGCCGCAGCCGCCGCCGCCGCCGCUGCCGCCUCAGCCUCCGCUACAGCUUCCGGGACUGCACCUGGAACGGGAGGGGGCACGGGUGGAACUCCUCCCCCUGGCGAUCUUUGCAUGAAAAAGGGAGAUUUCCCACUUUACCCUUCAGGUCAGCAGCAAGCGCAGUACCCCACGCCACUGGGCUAUGAGCGGAUAACGACGUUUGACAGCAGUGGGAAUGUGGAGGAAGUGUGUCGCCCUCGAACGCGCCUCGUCUGCAAUCAGAAUGUGUACACACUCCAGGGUCCUGGCAGCUCCGCCACUCUCAGGGUCACCUCAUCUUCUGCUGCAGCUGACAAGAAGAUCCAGUUGCCCUACUCCUCAGCUACUCUCAACAGACUCACUGCACCUCGUUAUUCCAUACCCAGUGGAGACCCACCUCCUUACCCUGACCCAGCCAAUCAGAACGGCGCUUUGGGUAGGAACCCUGCACAGAGGCUCGACAGCAGCCUGAUCCACGCCACCCUCAGGAGGAACAGCCGAGAGGCCGCACUCAAAGUUUCCCAGAUGCUGGAACCGCCUAGACCACUGCCUCCCAAGGCUAAGAACAGUAGUGCACUAGCAGCCUCAUUCCAGCAGAGGGUGCCAACAGCCUUAUACACCUGCAGUCAGUGUAGCAGUGGCUCCAGUGUUGGAAGCACUGCCCCAGGGAGUGCUAAUGGGAUCGCAGGAGGGACUAUUAUCAGGCAGGAUUUCCCUCCGGGGAAUGGCGCGCCACACAGCACAGUCAUUGUUCACUCCAACAGCGGCACUCCUCUGGCCUCCCAGUCCUCGUACAGCCUGAUGAGCUCGCUCGAAGGAUCGGGAGCCGGAGCUGGAGGAGGCAGUAACAGAGACCGGGCCGAUUAUGUGAAUUCAGCUUUCACAGAGGACGAAACGCUGAACCAGUCCCUGAGGCAUUUGGCCCUCGGCUCGAACGAUGCAUUGGGGCUGGUAGUUAAACGCCCACCUCCCUAUCAGUGGGAUCCAGCCGCCACAGAGGAGGUGUGGGUUCCUCAGGAACGGACAGCAUCUCUGAACUCUGCAGUCCCCCCAGGACCGCACAAACCUCCCCCUCUUAUUCUUAGCCCAACUCAGCACUUGGAUGUAACCAGGCUGCCUUUUGUUCUUUCUCCAAAGUCCCCCACCAGCCCCAGCGCCGCGUCAUUCCAGGCUGCUGCCGCAGCGACAGGCUACCAGAUCUCUCUCCAGUACUCCUCUCCUGCCACUGCGUACUCUGGAGCCCAGCUCCAACCCACCCCGCUGUCGCCACGCCCCUGCUCCUCCCCGAAGGAGGUGGUGGCACCAGUUCCCUUCUCCCAGCAGGACGCGACCCUCGUGAUACCGCCGGGUUACUCGGCAAACCUCGCCAACCUCGCCUGCUGCCCGCUCCCGCCCAUGUAUCCCGGAGGAAGCGCGUGUGCCGGGCUUCCCAUCCCUCCCAUUGCGCUCCACACCCCGUGGGGUACCUACAACUCCUGCCCCCCGAUGCCCAGUCCCGCCGUGCCACUACCGCCCAAAGCCUCCCACAUGGUAGCUGAAAAAAAUGUGGCCUCGCCGCCUCCCCCUCCCCCCCCACCCCCUCCUCCACCACCAGCAGAGCUGCAGAGUCACGGGGGGCUGCAAGAGGCCAUGGCGGAGGCAGGGGAAGGUUUCCAGGAGGUGCUCUCUUUGACCGAAAGCCCCGUCCCACAGCGGUCUGAGAAGUUCAGCAAAAAGAACCGCAAGCGUGUGGACGGUCGGGCCGAGGAGGGCAACGUGCCGCCGCUGUCCGAAGGUAGCAAAUCCAAAAAGGAGGGCAGAGCGCUGGGCGACUUCAAUUCGCUCAUCUCCAGUCCUCGGCUGGGAGGCAGGGACAAGAAGAAGCUGAAGGGGCAGAAGGAGCAGCAGCUGAAAGCAAAGAAACUGAGUAAAGCCACUGCCAAUAGCGAGUUCCAGGACAGUUCAGAAAGUGAGCCCGAGCUGUUCAUCAGCGGGGAUGAGCUCCUCAACCAGUGCCAGAGCGGGAAGAAGGGCUGGAAGAGCAAGAGGAACAUGAGAGCCGCCAGCGAGCUGGACGAGAUCAAGUGUCGAAAAGCCAACGAGAAGGAGGACAGAGGGCUGGGGAGCCAGGGCUUCGUUUAUGUCAUGGCAAACAAGCAGCCUCUGUGGAAUGAAGCCACGCAGGUCUAUCAGCUUGACUUUGGCGGGCGGGUCACGCAGGAGUCCGCCAAGAACUUUCAAAUCGAACUGGAAGGCAGACAGGUGAUGCAGUUUGGCAGGAUCGACGGCAACGCCUACAUCCUGGACUUCCAGUAUCCCUUCUCUGCGGUCCAGGCCUUUGCAGUGGCUUUGGCCAACGUCACUCAACGCCUCAAAUGAGAUGAUCCCUCCCUACUUACCCCGAGUUAUAUCUGGGAUUUAAAUGCAAUCUGUCGGAGGGGCACAGUUGUUUCGUUUGAGUUUGAUAAAACUCUUGUGAGUGGAUUUUUAGGAGAGGAAACACAUACCAGCCCUGGCCGUAGAGAGAAACACAAUCACGCUGCACUACACAAUGCUGCCACUGGAGUUGGUGCAAUAAGCAUUGGCUGCAUUGGGCGAGGAUGCCGUCGCGGCGACUCCAACUGGCAGCCAAGCGGCAUCCUGCAAUGCAUGUAGGGCCAAAGAGCUGAGCUUUGCUAAUCAUCAUGCAAAUAAACGCUGCUUUAGCUUGAAGGAGCUCACAGACGUGUGAACCGAUGGGUCGCCUGAGAGAGAGGGAUUAUCAAGGUUCAGUUUUUUAAAAGAAGCAGCAGUAAUACUUGAAAACCACACUCUGGAGAUCAAAGGUGUUUAUCCCCAGAGCGCACAGGUACCACUGGGCACUGAAAUCCAUUGCUGUACAAACCUUUAUUGAGACAGUUACCACUUUAAUAUACUGCUUUUGCUUUUAGGAUUUUAUUACAUGAAAAACAUGGCGGAGGCUCGGAGGGUCUUUGGGUUUUUGCUCUCUGCCAUUCCUUUUGUUAUUAUCUCAGCGUAUCUUGGCUGGAGUCGAGGCUUAGAUAUAUGCAUCAUUUAGGAGCACUGCUGCAAGUUUAGACUUUCCACUGUUGUGAACGGUGCACCACUGUUAAAAAGGUCAAGGUGAGCUGCAGUCCUUUUCACGUGGAACUUUGAAGGAAGAAGAAAUGUUUCUGCCACACGGAUUUAAUUUGUACGUACAUGUUGUCUGUUCAUCUUUCGCGAUAUGGAUUUUAUCAUUUUAGUCUUUGUGAUAUACAAUCCUCACACGUCAUCAUGGCUUCACUUGUCUGCUUUGUUUGGGAGACUGAGUUUGAAUAUUGCUGUGUGGUCUGGGGAAUUCACGUGGCAGUGAUGUGCAGAAUAACUCUGGCUGACAUGCCCUCUAAUGAGUGAAUUCUUUACAAAUGGUGACCCCUGAACAUGUUGCCAAGGCCGAGAUUGAACGAUCAGACCUCUGGCAUGAAGCAGCCCGUCACCUGCCGUCACUUCUGUGAAGUGAAUGUAUCAUUGGGGGGUGGGGGGGGGUGGGGGGGGGCUGUCCCCACUCCUAAAAGACCACAGUAUAACAUGUAAGCAAGGUACAGGAAAUAUUUUUGUAUAUUUCACCUAUGCCAUUUCAUACUAUUUUCAUGUGGAUACUCAUUGGUUAUAUGUGGACGUUGUAAAAGAGACUUGGGUGAUGCCGACAAAUCUGUUUACACCUGUCUCCACUGUGUUCUAAGUGUAAUUUCAGGUGUGGAGCCGCGCUGUUGUACUGUGUAGGUCAAUAGCAUUAGCUACAAGAGAAGCUGUUCACUGAAUCUUUGAAGUUGGAACUCAAAUGAAGAAUGAAGCUGUUGAAAUCUAUUUCGUAAGCUGACUUUAAAAUCUGAAAAGCUGGUUUAUUCUCAUCCUUGUGCUAAGUUUCUUUCGGUGACGCUCGUGUUGAAUUGCGAAUACGAAGCAGGGCCAGCUUGAAGGGAGGGUGGGAUUUUAUACACUACAUUAUUACAGAUAUCCGGUUUGGCUUUUUAAGUGCAUACGAUGGCAGCAACAACAUUAAAAAAAAAAAAAAAAAAGCGAAUGAAUGAAUAAUUUGGGUAGCUAUGAUCAUGAUCACCUCAAACGUUUGUGCCAAAAUCAAAGUUAAAACCAACAGGCUAAGAGGGAAGCGAAACUCUGAAUAUCACUCAAGACCAGCACUGUUUUCGAGGUCUCGGAAUUGAUGAGAGUUUGACACUCUUCAGUGUGAUUGUUUCAUAUUAAAACAAGAUGCAUGUGCGUUAGCGCGGCGGAUCGUAAUGAAGGGGACUGGAGAAAUAAACCUCAAGUUACUAAAGAUUAAAAAGAACAUGAGCAUGUCAUGAGGAAACACCCACCUUCUUGUGUUAGUUGUGCAAUAUUUUCUUAGGGAAAAAAAAAAAAUCCUUUGUCAUGACUUUUGACGUUUUUAUUUCAGCAUCUCACUUGCUGGUCUGUACAAUUUAUUUAUGAGAUUAUUUCCUAACGGAGAUGGGAAAAAUAUCUAUACAUACUGUAUAUUGUGGAGUUUUCUGAACAUUUUUUUUUUUUUGUGUUGAUU